AUGUUAAGUAACGAAGACGCGGAAGCUCAACGAACCAGUUUCUGAAAGUGUAUAUAACCUCGAUAAUAGGCGUCCGAUUCUUUAAAAAAAACAUAAACAGCAAUCAGUUAUGGGUGAAUUAAAUGAAAUUGCUAAUAACCAGAACACAUUCGCGAAAAGGAGGGAUCCAAACUUAUGGGGGACUAAUUUUGGGGCUAUCGCAACUAAGCCAGUCGUAUAAUUUUCUUACGUACGUGAGGAUUAGUAUUAGAAUGAAGUAUAAGGUAUCGAUUUCUGGACUGCCCAAAAGUGUAGACAGUUUUAGCAAUGGCCAGCUCGGAAACUCUAGAAGAAGAGUGGACAAUUCUAUUAAAUUCGCAAUACUAAUCUUUUUAUCCACGAGCCUAUUACUAAUUUCGUCCGGAACCAUUGUUCUUUUGGGAUUUCGAUUAACGUUGGAAAACGACCACCUUUGCGUUACAACGCACUGUGUUAACACGGCCUCCAGAAUACUACGAACGAUGGAUAAAACGGUCGACCCUUGCAAGGAUUUUUAUCAAUAUGCAUGUGGCGGUUGGAUUAGAUCAAAUCCAGUACCUGACUGGACCGCAACUUGGGACAGAUUGGCCGAGCUUAGAGAAAUGUUGAUACAACAAAUGCGACAGCUUUUGGAAGUAGGAGACGGAUCGUUAAAUAAAACAAGCCAGUCCUCUGGAGUUCGCAAAGCUCGAAUUAUGUACCGCACAUGCAUGGAUGCAGAUAAAGUUCAGCAAAGCUUGGAGCCUCUCGAAAAAAUUCUCAGAGCUAUGGGAUUACCCGAACAUCCGUCUCUUUUCAAACAUACCGACUUCGAUUGGCUUUUCACUAUCGCUAAAGCUCGCCGACUGCUGGGCGUAAGCUUACUGUAUGGAUUUAAUGUCGCGGACGACGUGAGAAACUCAUCCAAGAAUAAAAUUGUGAUUGAACAGACGGCACCCGGAUUUGGAGAACGUUAUUUACUACGUCCUGAAAAAUUUUCAAACGAAAUAGAACAUUACAAACUCCAUAUUCAGGCAAUGCUUAAGGAAUACACAACAACUUUCGACGAUAGUUUUGCGGAUAAUGUUAUAUCAUUUUCAAAAGAAGUUGCAAAGGUUAUGACCCCGACAGAGAUUCGCCGAAGUCCCGGCUACCUUUUUCAUGAGGUCACACUCGUUGAACUCGCUAACGGACCAGGCUUUGAUAACCAUACGUGGAGGACAAUGAACUGGACCAGAUACUUAGACGUAGUGUUCCAAGACACAAACGUCGUUUUAUUACCACAUAAUGAUACCGUAAUACUUUUUGAUUUACCGUAUAUGGAAAAAGUAGCAAGGCUUAUUAAAAAUACGAGCCCAAACAUUUUACUAAACUUUCUCUGGUGGAGCGUAUUUUCGAGACUUGCGCCUACGAUAUCUGAAAAAUACAGCGCACUCAAUUUUCAAUUUACCCAGAAAAUUCUGGGCGUCCAGAUGAGAGCACCCAAAUGGAAAACGUGCGUCACCAGCGUCAACGCACAUUUUGGGCUUGCGUUGAGUUAUUUGUACGUACGCUCACAACCUGAUAGAUCCUACAUUCAAAAGGUACUCCAAAUGCUGCGAAAUAUUAAACACGCAUUUGAGGGAUCUUUAGAUCAAUCAAACUGGAUGGACGUGGAAACCCGUAAAAAAAUGUUAUUAAAACUUCAGGCAAUUAGGUCAUUUGUCGGAUACCCAGGGUGGAUUAUAAAUUCCACACAACUAGAUCAUUACUACAGCAAGGUUCACGUUAUCGACGGAAAUCUCUUUGAAACGAAUUUGAAUCUCAUGGAUGCAUCCGUCAGAAGAAACUUGGAAAAUAUACGCAAAGGUUCAAACCGCAACAGAUGGGUUGCAACAGCCACGACCGUAAACGCAUUUUAUUCGGCUACUUUAAAUUCAGUUACAUUUCCAGCAGGCAUUUUAAAACCCCCCUUUUACGGAAACGGAAUUGCAGCAAUUGACUAUGGAUCCAUCGGCGCAAUAAUGGGACACGAAAUAACACACGGAUUUGAUGAUCAAGGUCGACGUUAUGAUGAGCACGGAAAUUUAAAUCAGUGGUGGUCACUAACUACAAUGCAACAUUACCAUAACAAAGUUAAAUGCAUUAUCGAACAGUAUAGCAAUUAUUCAAUGCCAGAACUUGGACCAACUUUUCCUGUUCAAGGAUAUAACACUCAAGGGGAGAACGUAGCGGAUAAUGGAGGUUUGCAUGCCGCCUAUGAAGGUUUCCGAAGAUAUCGCGCGAGGGCGAAUUUUUACCCGCAAAAACUACCUGGACUAUCCGAUUUGAACAUGGAGCAGCUUUUCUUUCUGGGAUUUGCACAAAUCUGGUGUGGAAAUUCUACGACUGAAGCUCUAAAGGUUAAAUUAUUAAACGGAGCGCAUAGUCCGAAUCGGAUACGAGUCUUAGGCGCGUUACAAAAUUCCGAAGAGUUUGCAAAUGCCUGGAACUGCCCUGGCGAUAGUCCCAUGAACCCUAGAAAGAAGUGCACGUUGUGGUAGUGUGAAAUGUACCAAAAAAGUAAAUUCGUAUUAAAUAAAAUAU